GUGCCGCUUUGGGUAGUCAUUGUAUUUGGACAGCGCUGACCACACAAAGUUCCUUCAUUCGCAUCGUACAAAGCAUCGACAAUCAAAUGAUACCUUUUCAUGCACUAUACCCACCCAUGAUGCAGCCUGAACAUUUGGCUUGGAUGGUCAAUCCUUCCAGCCUGGACGAGGAAGGAAAAAUUCUCGCUGUCCUCAAGAUACUUCGUGGAUUGCGGAUGACGGUCAUGGACCUCAUGCUGCACUCAAUCUCGCAAAGACCCUCCAUGGCAACUUGGAGGGAAGGUUUUUUUCGGAGCAAUGCACUUGUGCAAUUUCUUAAUGUGUUGGGCACCGACGAGCGAUCGAGCGAGCACCUCCGUGUCAGUUUACGACCCCUUGCUAUCGCAAUGGUUAUUGAUGAGGUUGACACUGAGAUGGAGGCCGCUAGACAUAUUUUUCAUAUGUCAUCGAAAGACGUCACCCCCGAACUACUCCUCUCGUUUAACCUCGACACAUUUUUGACAGAGUGGCUGUCUUGUCCGGAGAAAGAAGUAACGGGAGAAUCAUUGCGAGGGUCUUGCCGGAGCCUGUUGCAGCUCGAAGUACGACGUGUCUUCCAGAAAGUAACGAUACGAGACAUCUGAGUUGAAACAAC